CUCUACUCCUCUCACCUUCUCUUCCAUUUCUUUUCCAUUUCUCUCUCUCUCUCAUUGUUUGGGUCCCUCUCUUUUUCAAAACCAAAACUUGGGCCUCAUUAUUAAAGCUUCUCUGCCAAGCAAAUCCUUCUACAAUUCUCUUCAUUUUCCUUCCCUUUUCUUUCGGUUUCUUUCCCCUGUUUCCUCUGUUUUCCUCUGUUUUCUUUCUUUUUGGUUUCUCAUGGCUGAGCAGAUAGAUGAUGCUGAGUUUUGGCUUCCAGCGGAGUUCUUAACGGAUGAUGAUAAUGUUAUGGAGAAAGAGAAUCUUAAGAACACAAAUGGUGGCAAAACAAAAACCGAGUUGCUGAUACCGAGUCAUGGUUUCCCUACUGAGUUCCCCUAUGAGUUCGACUCAUACGAAUCCUUCUCUGCUCUUAGCUCUCCAGUUGAAUCUGUUGUUGGGUCUACCGAGACUGAGAGCAGUGACGAGGAUGAGUUUCUAGCUGGGUUGACUCGCCGACUCGCUCACUCAACGAGUCAGAAGCUCACUGUUCCUAGCUUUUCCCUGGACAAAAACGAGAAAACUAGAGUUUUGGCGAGUUCGCCACAGUCGACUCUGAAUGGGCUUGGAAGCUGGUCAGCAUCAAGCAAUGGCAGUCCUAAUGGCCCUUCUCAAGUUCCUUCUCCCCUACAACUCCUCUCGGUGCCCCGAAUGACACUUGGGAUCUCAUAUAUGCCGCAGCCGGCCAAGUUGCAAGGUUGAAAAUGAGCAAUGAAGCACACAAAUACGCCAACUUUAACUAUGGAAGAGCCCUUCCCAAGGCUCAAACUCAUGCCUUCACGAAGAACUCGAGCCCUGGAUUGUAUUCAAGUCAGAAUCUUUCAUACAAUCCUGCUCAAACAAAUCACUAUCCUGUAAGGCAAGAACAGCUCUUAAAACCUCGUUGCGGAGCAGCUUUGGGAAGACAAGUCAAGGCAAGCAGCUGGCAAGCGCAGCUUCAACAACGUCAGCUGCAUCAGCAGAUCCAGAGUAGAGCAAGGAACAAUGUUGUUGGGGGAAGACCAUUGGGGUUACCUCAAUCUUCAUGGCCUCCACUUCAAGUUCAACCUCGGCUGCAGCAACAGCCUCAACAGAACUCUGGGUCUGGCAUGAGAGCUGUAUUCCUUGGCGGAUCUGGUAGUGUUAAAAGAGAGUGUGCUGGAACUGGUGUUUUCUUACCUCGUAGAUAUGGAAACAACGCACCUGAACCUUGCAAGAAAUCAGGUUGCUCAACAGUUCUACUCCCAGCCAAGGUUGUUCAAGCUUUAAAUCUCAACUUUGAUGAUACCACCGGUCAUGUUCAGCCACAUUUUAGUACCAGCUUUGCAUCAAACUAUGAUGCUUUGGUAGCCACAAGAAAUGCACUCUUGUCACAAGCAAGGAGAAAUUAUAGACCAGAGGGAGGCCUAAAUCUACCUCAAGAGUGGACUUACUAAGGAAAAAUCAGUCCAAACUUUCAAAUAGUGUUUGUUUUGAUGGAGAAAUGCCAGCAUAGUAGGGUAGUAGUUUUUCUAAUAGGUACAUGGUUUUAUUUUAUAUAAGGAAUUCAAGAAUGUGAGUGUAGUUUAGGAACCAAUAAAGAGUAAUUAAGUUAUAAUAGAUCCUGGGUUUUUUUUAUUCAAGGAGAUUUGAAGAUUGCAGCUUUCCCUAUUAGAAGAAAAUAGGAAACAAAAAGAGCAAGGGAUGGAUCUCUUUCGUUGUUGUUGUUGUAAUAAGAAGUGGGCUAUUUUUUUCUUCCAAUGAGGGGAAUUGGAUUGGUCUUUGAAAUUUGGAUGCUUUUGUUGGGGAAAUGUAGAAGAAAAAUCCACAACACUCUUUGUAAUAUCCCUUGGCAAUUAAUAUAUAUUUACUAAUAAGAAAAUGCUUGUAAUAUUCAAGCAAAUUUGGAGAUA